GUAUAUGAUCUAACCUCUUUCAAUGCUGGUUUUUGUAUUGUUUUUCCAACAAUUUUUUAGUUAAUUAAUAAUUAAUUGUUAUUUUUUUAUUCACUUGUUAAAUGAAUAAGUGAAUCUUUGAAUUAUUGAAGAGCUGAAAUAAGGAUGUGGGUCUAAGGAAUGGGAACUGAAGUACACUGUAAAAGCUCUUUUGAAAGGUACUCCAUGAGGGACGCAAAUGAGGAUUCUAAUAGUAGCAGCUGGCCUGUCUUUUACGGAGACAAACCUUCCGCUAACAGCCAUUAUUACAACGGGUUCAUACCAAGGACCAUUUCAGAUACUUACCCGGGGUGCAAUAAAGAUGCAUUAAAGGCAAGAAUGCUUGAACAUGAAGCCAUCUUUAAGAAUCAGGUUUAUGAACUUCAUCGUCUUUAUAGAAGACAAAGAGACAUGAUGGAAGAAAUCAAAAGGAAGGAGUAUCAUAAGCAUAGGAUUUCUAUCGACACAUCAUCAUCUUCAAGUCUAUUACCAUCACAAAAACCGUAUGAAGAUGGUCACAAAUGGCAAAUACCGAGCUUCCCAUUGACCAACUCCUGUGCUGCUAGACCAUCAAUUUUCGGAGCAGAUAUUAGUAAUUCUCCUUUAAGUUGUUCUAAAGGGAAUAAUAAUAGUUUCAAAGAUUGUGAAAUCUUGGAGCCCAGACCUUCAAAAGUAAGAAAAAAGUUAUUUGAUCUUGAACUCCCACCUGAUGACAUUGACCAAGAAGAACCGGAGGAUAUUCAAUAUAAGCAGGCAUCCGAAGAAUCGAGUUAUAAAGACGCUUCACUCGGUCCAUGUUUUAGAGGGUCCAAUGGAUUGGCAGAUCUUAAUGAACCCAUCAAUGUUGAAGAAACGGUGGUGGCUCACAGGUCUGUUGAUGGUAUGGGUCCUUCGGCUAACCCGAAAGGAUCACAGUUUCUUGGCCCAACCAAUGAGCCCUUUGAAAAGUCUCAUAGUGGACGACCUGGUGGCACAUUUAACCCUCUAUUGCUAGAGGGAAAAGGCAAUGGAAGAGAUUGGUUAUCCAAUAUGCGUGAAGCAGGGAAUAAUAGAAGCAGUAUGAACAUUACACCUGGAACUUAUCCCGAGAUUUCUACCAGAAUUCAGGAUCAUUCCCGAUUUAACCAAACCCCUUUGCCCUUUCCCACUUCACGUACAUCGAAUCCAUACCCAUACACGAAUUCCCCAGAUUUUGGAAACACACGGGGAAAACCGAAUGGUACAUUUACUCAUAAGUUGACCUCCUUUCAGAAACAACCGUCUUUUCUAUCAUCUCAACAGAACCAUGUGGUUUUUGGAGACAAGUUGCGUACAAAUGGAUGCUUUACACCAAAUGGAUUAUUUCAUGGGUCAUCAUCCGGGUCAAAAGAUCCAUGUAGUCGCUUGCCUUCUGGUGGGUUUGAUAAUCGGAAUUUUAAUAAUCUUUCCGAUAGGUCUCAAAAUUUCUUCAAGGGUUCCAACUUUAUAGAUUUGACUGAUACUACCAAAGGCACUGAUCUAAAUAGUGACGUCAAUGGUGCAAGAAAAUGUGAUCAACCAGCGUUACCAUGGCUUCAAGCUAAACCAGCUAUCUGUAAAAAUGAUUCCCGUUUUGAUGAUCACGGGGAAAAAGGUGCUACUUUGGGUAAUAAUGAUUCCCGCUAUGACGAUCGUGGGGAAAAAGGUGCUACAUUGGGUAAUAAUGGAAAGAUUCUUGGGUUUCCAGUUUUUGGGAAUUCUUGUGUUACUAAAAACGAUUCUUCAUCACUUCUCUCUACUUCAGCAUCUCUUGGUUGCCAUGGAAAUGGACAAAUAAAAACAGAAAUGGAACACAAAGGAUUUGACAUCAAUGUCGCUUACGUGGAGACUUGUAAUACACAGAAAGAAACAGAUACAGAAAUCGAGGUGGUCAAGAAUCAUUUUGACCUGAAUUCAUGUUUGACUGAAGAGGAAGAUGUUCUAGUACCCGAAUCUGUUAAAAGCUCGAGCGAUAAUGUAAAGAAGAUAACACUGGAUAUUGAUUUAGAAGCUCCUGCUGUCCCAGAGGUUGAAGAAGAGGAAGCCAUUGAUGUGGUCAAGAAAAUUGAUGAUUGUAAUGAUGAAUCACUUGCCAAGGUGGCAGCUGAAGCAAUAGUUGCGAUUACUGGGAUGUCCAGUCAGCAAGAUCAAGCUGGCUCCUCCUCUGAGGUGGCGGUUUGCUCAGAUGAUAAUGACCGUCUCCUGUUACUAGUUGAUGUAAUCGAAAAUGCGGGGGCUGUUUCAAAGGAGUUAGAUGAAUAUGAGGAGAUGACUUUGAAACUAGAGCCGACUAAAGAAGAAGAUUACAUGCCAAAGCCUUUGGCUCCUGAUUUUCGGGAGCCCGAAGAAGCGGGCCCGAUGGCUGGACCUACCCGACCAAGAAGAGGUCAAGCUAGACGUGGUAGGCCCAGGAGGGACUUCCAAAGGGACAUCUUUCCGGGGCUGGUUUCUCUUUCGAGGCAUGAGGUAACCGAAGAUCUUCAAAUAUUCGGUGGAUUAAUGAAAGCCACAGGGCAUUCAUGGAAUGUAGGACUGACGAGGAGGAACGGAACCAGGGGAAGGCGGAAGUCACUGGCGGUGGCAGUCCAACCACCUCUUGCCGCCACUCCGUCAGCACCACCGUCGCCGCCGCCGCUGCCACCUCCAUUGUCGGAGGUAGUGGGGUUAGAGGAAAGAAGCCUAACAGGGUGGGGAAAGACAACUAGACGUCCCCGGAGACAACGGUGUGCUGCAGGUAGUUCUGUGGCAGUCCCGUUAACGUAAUUUUUGUGCAUUUAUUAUAUACCUACAUGAACUCUGAAUUAUACAGAGGGAGGUAAAGCAAAUUUUAGAAAAGCUCAUUUAUGGCUUUGUUGAGAGUGAAAUUGUUGUGGGGAUUGCCAUGUACAUGUCUGUCUAUCAUAUAUCCCAAAAAAUGGGUUCGCUUAAACCCGCCCAACCCAUGUUUAUCUGUGUUCGGUUUUUCUAACAUGGUAUUAUUCAGAAAUAUUUCAUGGUGACAAAUACAGUAUUUAAUCAUUUGUAAA